GCCCCCCCCCCCGCCAAUCUGAACUCGACCAUGAUUCUUUGUCGGCCUCGCCUCGGAGCAGGCUGAAAUUCAAUAUGGGAAGCCCAUGUUCAAUCGCCCGCCGAAACUCGCAGAAAAGCCGCAUGGUGUGAAUGCUUUCUGUCCGUCUUCUCUGGCGAAUCAGAACCAGCCCAGUCAGAGCAUUUGCGUUUGGAAUCUCCCGUCUCUUGAGAAUGGUAAGGGGAAAGGGAAGGCCAAAGUUUGAAGAUUACAUUGCCGCAGCAGCUCAAGGGACCCACCCAUCGACUCUCAAGCUGAGCGACAACUCUCCAAAGCCUUACAUGAUAUGCGGCCGAUCGUCCGUCCGAGAUCACAUUGGCUCCGCAAUUGGGAUGAGAUCAAGUACUGCAGUGAUGUGUGCCGGAAACAGAAAAGGAUCAAGGCCUCGCUUUUCUUCACUCAGAGCAAGAAAGGCAUUGAGCAUCUCCUGGCGCAAGUGUUCGGAUAAGAGGCCAAACAUCGAAUGCGACUAUCUCUGAAUUUGGCCGACUGGAUCGAGGCAGCUCUUCUCAAUGUCGAUUAUGAAGGGCACCACCUGAGUUCAUGGAGAGAAUACUUCGCGCUGCACAACGACUGGCUCUGCGAGAGACCCAUACCGACUUUCGCUCAAAGUCAACUCAGGCCUCCGAUCUCACUUCCCGCCCUCACCUCCAACUCAGGCAAGGCAAGCCGCAGCUACUCACGCUCGAUGACUUGCCCUUUAUGAAAGGGCACAUACAGCUUGCGAUCAUG